GACCCUGACUGACAUUAGUUAAAAACAUGGUACAUAAUAAUGUGUUUCCCUUACGUUUCACAUUGCAUUUAGUUCGAUGUAUGUAUGUCGUGCUUCAGGAAUGCGGAAUUGGGCGUGGCUACAUUCGGUUAAUAUUUAAUACACAUCCAAACUGAUCUACUAUUGGCAUAAUAGCAAUAAUAAUUUCAUUAGAUAGAAUAAGUUGGAAGAGCUAGCUAGCUAUAGGCCGGCUGUAGCCAUAGAUCUUGUAUCUAUGCUGUAGCGCUAUUAUAAUAAUUAUAAGAAAGCGUCUCACAUGAACAAAGAGCCAACAACGACACUACUACUCUUGGAAAGAGAAAGCAGAGACUGAUUCUAACCGAUAAUGUAAUGGCUGAUCUAUAUGCGCACGCAUUCAAUCUCAUUCGAUCUCUAUAUAUAAUUAUACUCUCUAGCAAGUCUACUCUUCCUUCUUUCUCCUAAAAUUGUACUUAACUCGGCGCGAGGCUGCAUGUUCAUGCAUGUGCGUAUACCUAGUUUUAUAUAUUAUUAUUUUGUGCAUGUCCUCCAACAAUGCUGUGAUGGAGCACAAUUUCUUCAUUUCACUUGUUUUCUGGCGCUCUUCACUAUUUAUAUUCCUGUGGGGAUUAUAGGAGCGUCUACUGUAGUCUGAAACUGCAACAGUACAUUGUAUUAUGACAUUGUAUGAGUCAAAUUGUUGUAGGCCGAUCUACAUGUAUAACUGCAAGAAUCUCCAGACCUGCUCUAAUUAUUAGGUCUGGUCCUGAGACUAUACAGGUAUAAUUACGUAGUUAACCCACACAUGAGUUAGGAUGCUCAGUAGGAUGUACAAAUGCUGAAAACAACACCAUCAACACCUGAGGGUGUCCAUUCCAUAACUGAAGACAUCCAAUCAAAUUCUGAAUGUUGAAUUAGCACAUGCCUGUGGUAAUGAUUCUUGUUUCUUUUUUCCUGCAGUUUUGUGUAGGUUUGCAGCUAGCGCCUUCUGAGUAUUGUCAACUGUUUAGCUUGACAAGUUACAACGUUUACAAUGCUUGUUGUCUAGAUCUAGUUGCUUGAAAACAAAAAUGAGUGUUGGCUCAGAAGACAGUCUCACAGAACUUCCACUGCCGUUUGAUAUUUCCUCAGCAGUUUCCCGAGCACUGAGAAUAACCAGUUCCUCAGGAGCACAUGAAGAUGAAUCUCAUCAAAUCCACCCCGCUAGUAUUGGAAAUCAUUCUCAAUCGCUGACUCGAUAUGAACCAGACUUCUGCUGCAUGCAGGAGUAUCCCUCUCUUUCACCCUGCUACCAGUAUUCCAGGCCUCCACCUCCUGCAUACCAAUGCCGAACAAAUGAUGCCCAACCUGGCCUUGUAAACAUCAAUUCCAGUAGCAGCAUAGAGCAGUUUUACGAGUUUUCUGAUUUAUCACAGCCACCUUUCUAUGGCAGAACGCAAUCCCUUUCUUACCAAAACUUUUAUCCCGACAAAGAACCAUACACACCACCAGCAAAAAGGCGAAGGAACACAAUCCAAUGCUGUCAUGAUAGCGACUAUUCUUUGAAUGAUCACAUUCACGACUACUAUUCUGACUGGCCAUGGACAGCACUCUUGGAAAACAAAUCUCUCUGGAGAAAUUUUGAUGAAGUUGGCACAGAGAUGGUUGUUACAAAGGGAGGAAGGAGAAUGUUCCCCCACCUGGAAGUGAGCUUUCAGAAUCUCAAUCCCACCUCAGUAUAUUCCGUAAAUUUCGAGAUUAUCCCUUGUGAUGGAAAACGUUACAAGUUUAUCAAAACAGAUUGGAUGCCAACUGGUCGAGCUGAGAAGAAACAAGCACAAUCAGUCUAUGUGCACCCUGACUCUCCCAACAGUGGCAGCUUCUGGAUGAGCAAAACAGUCACCUUCAAGAUGGUGAAAUUGACUAACAACAAGAUGCCGAAAUUUAAAGACCAGAUUAUUCUCAACUCGAUGCAAAAAUAUCAACCUGCCAUCAGAAUCAAAGAUGAGAAACUUGGGGGCACUAAGUUGAUCAGUUUUCCUGAGACGACAUUCAUUGCGGUGACUGCCUAUCAAAACAGUGUGAUGACCCAAAUGAAGAUUGACAACAAUCCAUAUGCCCGUGCUUUCAGAGAAGGAGAUCAGUCUGGCCUCUAUCCUGAGAAGAAAGGCGGUCACUAUGAUAGGUUCAGGAAAUCUUCUUCUUCUUCCCCAUUACAUGAAAAGAAGAGUAAACAGAGCUCAUCCUCUCCUGGGUACACAACCAGUGCAACUAGCGUUGAGUCAGGCUCUCACCCAACAACGUUACUGUCAGAAGACACAUCUCCUCUCCAGCUAGUUGCUGACGAAACACUGCUCAUGAGCAGCUUGUCAACUAGCAACUCGAUCUCCUACUGGGCAGAUGACAACAGUAUGUGGAAUCCUAACUUGAUUACUCCCAAUCUCCUUAUUGAUUCCACUGGCUCAUUCUCAGAACCCUACCUCCAACAGACCACUCAGGUGGAUUUGGCUAGCCCGAUGAAAGACUUAAUGAAUAGUGAUGAUAACUUCCUUCAGUUGUCCGAUUCCUGUAUACUAGAUGAUGACGAUGUGUUUUUGUAACCUCAUUAUCAUUCCGUUACACACGGACAUCUGAUUCAAUGUGGCAUUUAUAUUCAUGCAGUGCACGGGGUAUAAUUUUGAUAUGUAAUUAUGUGCACUAUGUAAUUAUGUGCACUAUGUAAUUAUGUGCACUUGUUGAGAAGAAGUUAUUGCCAUAAAGCCUUCACACAACGAGUUAUAGCCCAGUACCACAAGCUAGAUGCUAAAAAAACAGUUUACAUAAGCUAAACCAUAUCUGUAGGUACAAAGUUCAAAUUUUGAAACCCUGAUCUAGUGACGCUGAUUUUACUGAGGUACAUACCGCAAUAAUCGCAUGGAAAAGUAGAUAUUUGUCAUGCUGUAAGGGGUAGCUUGAUUAUGACAUACACUGCCUGUUUGUGUGUCACACAUCCUAAAAUUUUUCGCUGAGCCAGUCUAGGUUUUCCUGGUUAGCGUCUAUAGAAUCUUCUGUUUCCUUGAUUGUGGUUUACCUGUUCUGCAUUUUGUGUACUUCGGAAGCUCUAUAGACCAGAUCCUUGGAGUUAUUAAGUGGCGUCUGGAAACGGAAAUACCCUCGUGUAACAUCUGCUUUACCAGCGGUAUGGGCGUGGUCCGGCUAUUUCUACACUGCAUAACAAACGAUGGGCAGAUCCAGGAAUUUUGAAAAGGGCAGUUUGGAAAAUAAAAAAGGUCAACAGUUUUUUUAAAGCUCAAUCAGUGUAGCUUUUCUGACAGUAUGACAUACAUAGUAGCCAGAGAUAGCAGAAAUGGAUGGAAUCAUCUUGCUUUUCAGCUACAACUAGAGAUUUUCUGCAUGUGAUAUGCUGCAAUAAUUGAUUUCUGCUCUAAGCCACACCUACUUUGUGAGCUAGUUUUUAUUCGAGUUGGUCAGAAAGGGGGGGCACGUGCCCUGCACUGGAUCCGCCACUGCUGAGUAUGCCUUCUUUCACGCACUCAUCGUAUUUUGUGAAUAGCAUGACACUUAGCACAAACUAUAUACUUUAUAAAGAGCUACACUGAGAGAUUUGACAGCAAUUCGGAAUGGUAAUGAGCGAGAAUAGGAUGUGCAAAAAUUGAAGAAUUACAGCAACUGCAGAAUCAGAAACCCCAAAUUUAUAUUGCCAUGAAAGUAAGAAUAUCAUUAUCAAUCGAACUUAGUAGUAGAUUGAGUUACUAUUGUCGGCCUCAUGGUUUCCAACUUCUUCGUCCCAAAUUUCACACUCAAUUCUAAAACAAUCCUGCAGCAGUAUGAAACAGUGAUGACCCUAAUUUCAUACCUCUAAAUCACUGUCUAUCUCAGAAGAUUCAUCUGUUGAAGACUCCAUCCGGGGCUGAGUUUGGUCCAUUUCAACAUCUGAUGAUCUUCAUUGACAUAGCCUGAGCCACCAAUGAUUAUUCAUAGCUGCUUAUCAGCGUGUUACAUAAUUAAGCAAGACAAAUCCUGACAUAAGCUUGAAACCCGACCUCCCGUCAGGGACGGUCGGGCUCCGCCCAACUAAUUAAAGUCGAUAUCUGCAGCAUGUUAUAUACUGUAUAGUGGACAAGUUUCGUGGGGUAAAAAAUUUGUUUAACUCGAGAAACGGUAGUUUUCGUGAGUAAAAAUUUUGUUUAGUCUCAUGGCUGCACGGGAUUCCUACGUUCGCCACGCCUACGAUAAAAUUUCGUGGAGGUCGGCCUGCCCACGAAACUAACGAAUAUUUUACCCCACGAAAAUUACCCGCUAUAUACGGUAUAUAAUAUAUAAUAGCUAACAAAUAUGCAAGGCUAUGCAAGGCUACAGCAAUACUAAACCUGAUGCAGUUAGAUCUUUUGUGAUGGUAAAGGUAGUUUUAGAAACUUAGAAACUUCCCUGUCACAAUGAGCACAGUAAAAGGACGUUUUCCGGGUGGCAGACAGAUCAUGAAUAAUUAGCAAACUGGGCGGAGCCAGCUCCACUCCAGGCCACGCCCAGUUUGUCACAAGGCCAAUUUUUACCUAAUGCAACGAAAGCUGCGAAAGAUGUAGUCCAUGCAUCAGCCGCCCUGGAUAGUCCGUCUGAGCAAUUUAGUCUGAACUUUUUUGGCCAAUCAAGGAUUGACAAAAAGUAUAUGCGUUCUCUACAGUAUGACGCAUAGCUAGCAGCCUAGAGCUAUAGUAAGUUGAGUUGACUGCACUAGUGCCGUGCAAUCUUUUUCUUGUUCUUUUGACUUGCUCCAAGAAAAACAAAAAUUAAUAGUCAAGCAUUCGCGGUUGACCUUUUGCAUGCGUUGGACGUUGAAUUCUUCUGGUUUUGACAUUGAGUAAUGACAAUUAACAUUCCAUUCUAGAGGUCAUUCCACAAUGACCUCUAGACUAAAGUGGUCAGGCUCGAGGGGUCCGACACUGGAAUGUUUAGCGUAUAAGAUUUCAGAGAUUUCACAGAGCCUUCCCCACAUGCAUCACUGGAUAAUUCUGUUAUUAUUGAGUGUGUCUUAACUAUAUAAUUAUAGUCCAGCCUAGCUACUGUAAUACCUAUCAGGAAACAUACGUAAUUAUUAUGAAUGAACAAAAAAAAAAUACUAUAGGUAUACUAAGCUAGCUAGCUAUUAUUAUAGCUAUACAAUGUUUACAAUGUUUGCAAUACCAUCUCUUGUUGUAUAGUCUAUAUAUCUCUCAUGGAACCAAUUACCCUCUAGCUUACAAUAGCGUCACCAUCUUGCUUCCGUCAUCUGGGCAACGGCAGUAACAGAAAACUUCAAUAUUUACUCUUUGUGGACAAUCUGGUGCUUCUUAAUGGUUCCAUCUUUUCUUUUUCGAUGCAUUGCAGAAAAUGCUGUCUUAUGGCUUCUUGCUUAAACACAUACAUACAACACAUACAUACAACCGAACGCAAUAUGUGUCAAUCCGCAAUCAAUGUGCCACUGCUACGUUAACAUUUAAAACAGACUUGCUCGUGCGUACUAUACUUAACUCCGAGAUAAAGGUAUACAAUGAUGGUAGAUAUAUCAAUCCAGUGAUUGCCACGCGUGUGUAAAAUUGAUCUGACAGACUUCGAUUGUUGCAAUACUGUAGGCUUCAAUCGUGGAAAUUGACCUCUCAAUAGCACAUAUCAUGUGGUAGCCAUUGGAGCAGAGUAACAUGUAGAUUAUUUAUUUGUUUCCAAACAGAUUUUGAGCUCCUGGAGUUAUCAUCAUCCCCAAUAACAAUUAUAAAUUAUUCGCAUUUCGAUGUCAGCAGAAAUUCUUCAGUAGUUACAAGUUUUUCAUGGUCAGCAUUGUACCGUGAUAACAUACCGUGAUAACAUACUUGAAGUAUUUGUAGCUUGCGAUUUGACCUCGAUGCAGCUGUUAUGUUUGAUAUGAAACUAUUAGAACAAUCACUAUUAUCUGUUAAUUCAUGUUAUGUAUCAUUUAGAUCAUUUAGAUUGUAUCACCCUAGGGUCCGCAAUGGGAAAAAUAAAAGUGAACGAAUCAGUCUUAAACUUCUGCUGUAUACUCUAGUACAUGAUAGCAAUACAGCUGCACCUUUAAAUCCCAGUUUCCGUUACUAUUUUUCUUGCAGUGGUGCUCUAAAGUUCAAAGGUCAUAGCAGGCUCUAAUAAGUGUCAUUUUUGAACAAUCUGAUCAACUAUCAUACUAACUUUUGCACUGGAUCGAUUACUGAAUUAACUGGGGGCAUAUACAUCACAUAUAAACCGAGCAAAGAUUCUCACAGGAACCAAGCAGAAGGUCUCCUUACAAUGUCAAAGAGCAUUCUACCUGCAAGUCAGCAAAAUACACCACUGCAAGCACGAUAAUUAUUUCAAAAUAACUUGAUUGGAUCAUCUUAUAUAUAGCUAAAAUGCUGCAUUUAGGAUUAAUUUGUCAGAUUGUAGUUCAUAAUAAUAAUAAUGUGUUAACGUUAUUUCAAUUUAUGAUUCUAAAUUUAUGUUAACAAUUAUGUAUCUAUAGAUUUACUGUAAUAACUAAGUCACCAAGCAUUAGAUCUACAACAAUAUCAAUUCCGCUUGAUGUAAUUGUAUAUACAUGUGCAAGAGCUAGAAGAUUGUAUUGAAAAAAGUGAUUUACCACCCUUUGUAUUGUGAGCAAUCUUACCAGUAUAAUCAGAAAUAAAAAUUUGAGCACGAGGACACCCAUAUAUAAUUAAAGAAUGGUACUGUGGCUCUAUGGUGGACUACGACACUUUAUCGAAGAUUUAUGAAAUUAAAUACGAUCGAGGGUGAAGAAGAACUAUGAUAUUGUUGUAGAUCUAAUACCUGGUGACUUCGUUAUAGUAGAUCUAAUAAUUUUAUAUUAAAUUGAAAUAACGUUAACACAUAAUUAUUAUUAUUAUGAACUACAAUCUGACAAAUUAAUCCUAAAUGCAGCAUUUUAGCUAUAAGAUGAUCCAAUUAAGUUCUUUUGAAAUAAUUAUCGUGCUUGCAGUGGUGUAUUUUGCUGACUUGCAGGUAGAAUGCUUUUUGACAUCGUAAGGAGACCUUCUGCUCGGUUCCUGAAUGUAGAUAGUAAGAGUAUGAUCAUCUAACACAAUCUGGUGUCUGUAUAAAGGGUCCACCAUGUUCGAUGUGACACUGGGGUUCAAUUAUGGGAUGCAUACACUAAUUAAAAUAUAAACACCCUCCCGCCAGAUGGUAAGCAAUGAGCAAUUCAUUUGAUAUUUGAUAUAUGAACUACUUAGGCUUAGUACUUUCUGAAAACCAUAUGCGAGACUUGCAAAUUCAACAACAUUACAAGUAAAUUAUCAAAAUGCUUGACCUACUAUAUGCUGCUAGCCUUGAAAUACCUACCUGUGAGAAUCUUUGCUCGGUUUAUAUGUGAUGUAUAUGCCCCCAGUUAAUUCAGUAAUCGAUCCAGUGCAAAAGUUAGUAUGAUAGUUGAUCAGAUUGUUCAAAAA